ACUUAUGUGCCGUCGCCCCUUUUUCCAAGCCGCCGAAGAAAAUUUCACGAUCUCGGAACAAGUCUUUUUGCAAGCGUUUGGUUUUAUGGCGGAAAUGAUGAAUGAUGAUACUCACAAGUUAUUUGAACGAGUUUCCAAAAAGAUGGGCUGGACGGGGUACGAUGGGCUGGACAUUGCAGAAAAGAAGCUGAUUAAUGUGAUUGGGAAGCAACGCCGUGGUGCCACAAGUGGGGAUCAUUUUGGAGACCAAUCAGUGUCGCCUGUCCAUUAUCUCUCUGAGGAGGAAGACAAAGAGAACCAGCACUUCAACGGCAAUGUAUACAAAAACCCUGUUUUGACUGACUCCAGUGAUGAUGAAUUUGACCAACUUCUUGUGAACUGGGCCACUCCAAAAACUAAAUGUGCCUCAAAGAAACCAUGCAGUUCUGUGAAGACAGACAGUGUUUUUACAGUAAGCUCAGAUGAUGAUGAUGAUGAUAGUGGCGGUUUUGAAAAAUUCCUGCAACGUGUGAAAACUCCAUCAACCAAGUCCAAGAAAGUAUCAGAGAGUGAAAGUGAGGACAGCCUUAAAAAUUUCAUUGUGGAUGAUGACUUCGUUCAGACAAAAUCAUCCUUUAAAGUGCCUAAGAAGAGCAACACUCUGGCCACCCAAAAUAAAUUCAGGAGACCACUGCCACUGUCUCAAUGUGUCUCCUCGGUGUUCAUCAGUGACAGUGAGGAUGAGGAUGAUAUUACCAUCAAGACCACUUGGAGGACUCGCCGCUCAAAGCCAAAUUCUCUGCCAAAACCCAAUGAGAACAACUCCGUGCCUUGCGACCAAACGUACACCCCACCAUCACCGUAUUCGCCGCCCAUCUCCUUCGUUUUUCCUCGGCCUUCCCACCGUACUGCAACGUCUCCGCUUUCUCCCAAGCGGACACUUUCAGCUCCUUCCAAGCUGGAGAACUCAUCCAGUUCAGAAGAGGAAUUCAUGUCAUUACUGGACAGGCUUAGAAAGAAGAACACAUUCACUGGUGCUAUGUGCACACCUAAGACCAACAAAGAAUUCAGUGAGGACCCUCCUGUGUCACUUCCCAUCCAGCAGCUGGCUAAACCCAGGUCAUUAGGUGGAAAAACUUUGGAUGCAAAGACUCCUGGGAAAAGCACCACCUUAAAGCUGACACUGAGCCAGACAGAGCCCAGACACACCUCCAUCAGCAGACUAGCAUUGUGCAAAACCCCAGGUUGCUUCUUGGAGUCCCUAUCGAACCCUGCCUCCAGUUAUUGCCAUUAUUUUAAGCAAAAAAAGGAAGAACUUACAGGCAAACUGUACCAGAUGUACAACAGCAGUGUGUUUGAUGGAAAGCUCCCCAUCAAUAUGUCCGUGACUUGGAACAAAAAGAUGCGGCAAACAGCAGGCUACUGUAUCACUGGACAGGAGCGAGGUAGAGGGGACCGUUACGCUCGCAUCGAACUAUCCGAGAAAGUCUGUGAUUCUGCAGAUCGCCUCCGAGACACACUGAUCCAUGAGAUGUGCCAUGCUGCGACCUGGCUGAUCAACGGCGUGAGGGAUGGACACGGAAGCGUAUGGAAGCUAUAUGCAAGGAAGUCCACCCUGGUGCACCCUGAGCUGCCGAUGGUGAAUCGCUGCCACAAUUAUGACAUCAAGUACAAAUUCCAGUACCAGUGCACUGGCUGUCAGAAUACGAUCGGGCGUCAUUCCAAGUCCCUGGACACCCAGAAGUUCGUGUGUGCACGUUGCACCGGUAAACUUGUCCUGCUCACAUCAUCCAAGCCUCGUCCUCCUACGCCUUUCGCCAAAUUUGUGAAAGAGAAUUAUGGGUCUGUACGCCAGCAGCUGGCAAAGCAGAGCCAUGCAGAAGUCAUGCGGAAACUCAGCAAAGACUUUGCCUCUAAGAAUAAACUAAGUGACUUUCAAAGUUCAGACCUCUGAGAACUAACGAAAAUAGCGGGCGCCUCCCUGGCACCCAGGGACUGAGAGCAGCCCCGGGACCGGCAUCCCCCAGGAGGGCAACACUGACACAACCAGACCCAAGAGGAGGACGGGGAAACAGGCCCCGUAUCCCCACAGGCCCACCUCUCAGAUCCAGAAGGACCAGGGGUUCAAGUGCAUGCAAGUGACCCUAUGGCGUGCACAGGGGUCUAAAAUGACAAGAUAUGAUUUGGUCACAUUACAUUGCUGUAUGAUGAUCAUUCCGAGGCAAAAAGAAUCAAGCUUCAAGUGCUAAUGUUGCAAAUUUUGUGGGUAUGUGGAAUAAUGUACAAUUUUGUAGAAGAAUUUGGGUAAUGUAUAACAUAUUUUGUAGUUUGAAUAGUUCAAGAAAUGUUGAAGAACAUGGUGAAUUACGUACUGAUGUGGGGAUUUUGUUGACGAAAAAUGUAAAAAAUCUUGGUACCUGGGAAUUUUUCGAAUGUUGAAAAUUAUUCCCAAGGUAAAUUGAAUGAGCUGAACAUUUUGAAUACGUACUGGGAACAAUGUUACACUUUUUGACACGGCGCUACAUUUUCAAUAGGACUUUUUUGGGGUAGUUUUAGGGAAUUGUGUCGUCAUGAUAAGAAGUUAAAAAAAAAUAAAAAUUAAUU